AUUUGUUGUAAUCAUAUAAUUACAAAUAUAUAGUUAACUAAAUAAACAAAAAUGGAAAAUGAUCAUCAAAUAGUUAAAAAUGACAAUAUUAUUAAAACAAAAAGUGGAUCAUUGAAACUUUUUUUAAGUAGUGAAAAUAAAGAAGAAUUAAAUAUGGAAACGAUGAAUACUAAAAAUGCACACACUUCUCAGGUUUCAUUGUCAAGUAACAAGGGAAUUACUACUAGUACUACUAAUGCUAAUUCAAAUAGUCCGAAAAUGGGAUCCAGACGAAUAUUUACACCACAAUUCAAGCUUCAAGUUUUAGAAUCGUAUAGAAAUGACAACGAUUGUAAAGGAAAUCAACGAGCUACAGCCAGAAAAUAUAAUAUACAUCGACGACAAAUUCAAAAAUGGCUUCAAUGUGAGUCUAGCCUCCGUUCCUCUGUAGCGAAUAUUAAUCAUACAUCAAUAAAACACCAAUUUCACAAUGUUAAUAUGCAACAGCAACAACAGUCAAAAAAUGUUGGAAUUACCUCAAAUUCAGUGAGUAAUAGCUCAUCUCACACAACAAGUCAACUACAUUCUACACAUUUAUGUCUAGAUUCAUCGAGAGGUUCUGCUCCCCUUACUUCUAUUAAAGUGCCAUCGUUAUCUUCUUGCGUAACAACACCCUCAUCUCAUGGAUCCCACGAUAUUUUCAGUGGUUCAAAUUUGGCAGCAGUUGCUGCUGCAGCAGCGGGUUCUGUCACUAUUACUAGCCCUUCUGAUACAUCGUCAGCAGCAGUCGUGUCUCCUUUACGACCUUCAGUCGCUAUUAUAUCAAAUAGAAAUACAAAUGCGCCAAUAUCAUCUUUACUUCGCCAUCACUAUGUAAUUCCAUCGUACAGUACUAUGUCUUCCUCUACUACAGUGCCGAUAUUAGCACAUCAUCUAUCUAAUCCGCCACAACAUAUGCACCAACACACCCACCCAGCACCUCAGACAUCUUACCAGUACCACAAUAUGAUGUACUCUCCAACGUUAUCAAAUCUUCAAACAGAGAAACAACAGACUUCUUCAUAUUUUACGCCAAUAAGUCUCCCCACCAUCCACCCACCACAAGUCUUAUCUUCAUCUAUUACCAGCAGUUAUUUAGAAGAUACUGAUCUAACAAAUAAAUUGGAUUUGAUGCCAAUGGAAACUAAAACAUAUCCUAAAUUUGUGUCUGAUAAAAAUGCCUUUUUUUGUGACAAUAAUCAGUUUCAUACCAAUUAUGAGUGUCCCGAGUCAGCAGGAAUUCCAUUAAGAAUUAAUCAAUUAAAGGAAAACUCGACAUAUUCCACUGCAUACACCUUCGCCCCAAUGGACUUAUCAGUUCGACAUCGCCGAGAUACUAAAUCUAAAUAUGUUAUGAACACAAGAUCUGGCUUGCUAAACGCGGAAAUUAAACAAUCCGAAAUUUCUGAAAGAAAAAUGUGGAAUGAUAAAACAGAUGUAGUUGAUUUGACAUACCGUAAAAGAAGAGUUAUUAUUCCCCAUUCAAGCGAUGAUGCUUAUAGAGAAGUAUAUUCUGAUAAGCAUCUGAAAUUAUCCGAAAUUACAUCUACAAAUUUCAAUGAAGACGAUGAUAUUGAAAUUGAAGUAGGAAUCGAAGAAAAAUGUCCACCAUCGUCUAAGCCAGUAAAGCUUUUUAAACCAUAUUUGUUAGACGAAUGUGAAAGCAAAGAUAACAACGUUCAUUGUAAUAAUAGUAAUAAAUUUUGCAAACAUGAACAAAGCGAACAGCUAGAACAAAUUUUACCCAAUAGCUCUGCAAAUGGUAAUUCCACAACAAUAAUUAAUAGUUCUAUUGACGCUUUCGUACAUGAUAAUACGUUUCAAGAAGUCGUGAAGGAGAACUUUAAUACCUGUGGGGAUAGCACUAAUUUUCUUGUAGAAUCUAGAUGUGAAAGUCCAAGAAGUGCCUGCAGUCCAGCCACCUCUGUCCCCACAAUGUCACCAAUGAACUUUCAGUGUCCUAAAGGUUCACCAGCAUCUUCAGGGUAUGAAAGUUCUACGUCUUCUUAUAGCGAGUCAUCUUCAUCUUCCAGAAAUGAGACAUUCACAUAUGGGCAAACAUACUGCGUCAACCUUCAAAUGCAAUCUAUCUAUAAUGAAAAUACACAUGUCAUGCAUCCAUCAAAUAACGUACAAAGAUGGUUGGAAAAAGAUGAUUCUAAACCUUUAACAUCUAACUCGUCUAUAUCAUUAUUGGUAUAGAUAUAUAAAUUUACUAGUUAAUAGUUUAAAUAUAUAGAAUAAGUUAAUAAAAUCUUAUUAAUACA